CCUUGCUCAGGUAAACUAGCAGAUGUAAGCUGCAACAAUGGCGGGUCUGGAGGGAAGAUUGCGUUUUCUAAGUGGAAGUACAGACACUACUUUAUUCUCCUUGAGGUGUGGAAAACAAUAAUACAUUUAGUCAUGAUUUCCGGUUCCGCUGGCCCCGCCCCCUCUUCCCAAACACGUGGAUCUUUUCCGGGUUCUUCAUCCUUUGUUCCCUGUUCGUCAGCAGCCCAGAAGCGGGAGUGUUGAUAAAGCUGUAAGAGAGCUGCAGCAGCAGCAGUUGAUGAACUCUGGAAAGAAGUCCAGCAGCUUGAGGAACAUCUGGUCAAAGAAACUGGAGGGAAGCAGGAGCUCAAACAGCGGCAGGACGCAGCAGAGGAAGAGACACCAGAUGAUGGAUGAUGUUUUCCAGCCCAGAUUAGAUUUUAAAGAAGAGGCUCCUGAAGAACAGAGUCCUGAUAUGGACCAGCAGGAACUGGAGCUCCUCCACAUAAAAGAGGAAAGUGAAAGAAUCUGGACCAGCCAGGAUGGAGAACAACUGAAUGUGAAGGAGGAGACUGAUGAUACCAGGUUUCCAGUAACUGUUGUUAAUAUGAAGAGUGAAGAGGAUGAAGAGAAACCUCUGUUCUCUCAGCUUCAUCAACACCACACAGACGACAGAGAUCUUCCAAGAAGUAUCUCAACUGACCAGAUAAAAGCAGAAAUUAAAGAAGAGGACUGUGGAACAGCAGAAAUCAGCAUAAACCCAGAUCUAAAUACUCAUGGAGGCUCUUCCAACUAUUUAGAGACUAAAGACGGUGAAGAUGAUGAAGAGGAUGAUGAUGUGAAGCAUCAUAAAUCUGAGCUUAAACACUUAUCAGACUCUGAAACUGAAGACAGUGAGGAGGAUUGGAAGGAGAGCAGGACUUCAGGAUCAGGCAGAAACACUGUCAACAAAUCUUUGAGCUGCUCUGAGUGUGGAGGAAAAUUUGCUAACAGACGCUCUCUUCAGAGUCACAUGACAUGUCAUCCAAGAUUAACGUCUUCAGAUUGUUCUGGUAAUGAGAUUUGUUUCAGAGAAAAGAAAAUUAUAGAUUCACUGACAAAUGUCCAGAAAGGUAGUAAAACAUUUAAUUGUGGUGAGUGUGGUCAAGGUUUUACCAGGAAAUAUAAUUUAAAACGACACACAAAAGUCCAUACUGGGGAGAAACCUUUUAUUUGUGAUGCAUGUGGAAAAAGAUUUUCCUCCAAGUCAAAAUUAAACACACACAUGAGAAUCCACACAGGAGACAAACCUUUUGUUUGUGAUGCUUGUGGAAAAAGAUUUGUCUACAAGUCAGCUUUAAACAGGCACUUGAGAAUUCACAAAGGAGACAAACCCUUUGCUUGUGAUGUAUGUGGAAAAAGAUUUGUCUUCAAGUCACAAUUAAACACACACAUGAGAAUCCACACAGGAGACAAACCCUUUCCUUGUGAUGUAUGUGGAAAAAGCUUUGUGCAGAAGUCAACUUUAGAUAAACACAUGAGAAUUCACACAGGAGACAAACCUUUUGGUUGUGAUGCAUGUGGGAAAAGAUUUGUGCAGAUGUCAACUUUAGAUAAACACAUGAGAAUCCACACAGGAUAUAAACCUUUUGGUUGUGAUGCAUGUGGGAAAAGAUUUUACUACAAGUCAGAAUUAAAUACACACAUGAGAAUUCACACAGGAGAUGAACCUUUUAGUUGUGAUGCAUGUGGAAAAAGAUUUGUCUACAAGUCAGUUUUGAACAGGCACAUGAGAAUUCACACAGGAGACAAACCCUUUGGUUGUGAUGCAUGUGGAAAAAGAUUUGUCUUCAAGUCACAAUUAAACAGACACAUGAGAAUUCACACAGGAUAUAAACCUUUUAGUUGUGAUGCAUGUGGAAAAAGAUUUGUCUACAAGUCAGUUUUGAACAGGCACAUGAGAAUUCACACAGGAGACAAACCCUUUGGUUGUGAUGCAUGUUGAAAAAGUUUUGCUUCAAAAUCAUAUUUAUACAAACACAUGACAAAUCCACACAGGAGAGAAAAAAAACAUUUGGUUCAGAUGCUUGUGGCAACUUCUUUGCCUUCAAGUCAUCUUUAAACAUACACAAAAGAAUCCAAACUGGAGAGACACUUUUUUUGAUGAAAUAAAAGAUAAACCCUUUGCUGGUUAUGAUUGUAGAAAAGAUUUAAGCAUAAUUUAAGACCCUCUUUACACCAUAUUGCGUACGUCCCGGGAAGCAAUGUUUUUCCACAUCUGUUAUCAGUUUAGCUAGCCAAUAGUGGCAGAUUCGUGUAAGUCCCAGUUGCUUGUGCUGAAAAGCAGCAGCAGCUCGCUUAUUUAGUUUGUCUGGGAGUGGCUAUUCACCAGAUAGUGGUGGUGAAAAAGUGUUUGCCACCUAAACCUAACAACUGGUUGGGCUAACCCUCAACAGCAACAACUGCAAUAAACCGUUUGCUAUAACAUGCAAUGAGUCUUUUACAGCCCUGCGGAGGAAUUUUGGUCCACUAAUCUUUGCAGAAUUGUUGUAAUUCUGUCACGUUGGAGGUUUUUCGAGCAUAAACAAGCUUUUUCUCAGUUAAGAUUAUAAUACAGUUUUAAAGUGAAAAGUCACACAUUAACUGUGACUGUCUUAUCUUUUUCAGAAGUGUAAAACUACAAGUAUAAUCACAGCAACAUGUAUGAUGAUUUUCUAUUUUUCUACAAUUAUUAAAUGUAAUGAAGAGGGGUAAUGUUAAUCAAUUGUGAUGUAUGAAUAAAAAUGAAGUGAUGUUUUUUUUUUUAGCUGUAACUGGUAUGAGAGCAAGAAGCAGAUAAAUACUGUGUUAGAAAGCUUGAGGCUGAGCAGAUAAGGAGGGCACUAUGGCUUGGGAGCCAGAGGCGGCAGAGACAUAACAUUAGGACGGGAGGGGCAGAGCCAGCUCACGGGAACUGGGCAUGGAUGGAAGGUCAACGAGCAAGCUCAAGUCAUAACAAGCAUGGGAGCGAAAAACGAGAAGCCAGUUUCAUGCUGUUUUUCAUCAGUCAUGAAAGUCAAAAAACAGGCAAAAGUCAUAACACAGGGAGCCAGCUGGGGGCUGUUUAUGACUCUGUCUACGGAGGCCAAGAGACAGCAACAAAAAAUCACGGCAACCAUGUAACUCAAUGAUGGGAUAGCUUGCCCAGCAACAGGGGAUGAGCAGUGAGGCUAUCUGCACUAUAAAAACUGCCAAAGAAAGAAACGGGGUUGUUUCCUCGCAGAAGACCAGCGAACAAGAUGGGACAAAGAAAGAAGCUACAGAUGAAUCAGAAGACCGGAGACGCAGCCCCGCUGACAAUUCUGCAUUAUAGAGAGGAUCAACCCGUGUGCCCUGAGAAGAGCUGCAACUCAGAAUUGAGAAUCUGAAUUUCAUCUGUUGCAUUUUUACCAAGACAAUUGAAAUGAACUUGGUCAGUGAACAACUGAUUGCUCUAAGUUUCAGGCUUCUGGAAAUCUUGAACCAACCUCAAUUACACCUCAAAGGUUUCCUUCAACUAUUCAGGCUCUGGAAGCUACCGACUUUUGAAACAUAUGCCAACAAAGUUUCCGUUUUUUAAAUUGAAAAUUUUUUUUUUUUCAACUUUACCAUUGAAACCCCGAGCAUCAGCGCCUGUCCACGUAGAGGAAGAAAACUGAAGAUUUGCCUCUCAUCCAAGAAAACAAUCACUUGUUGCCUAUUGAAGAAAUUAUUCCAGUCGGAUCCAUGGUGAACCUCCGUCUCCAAAGCCUCUUCAGCCUUACCAGUUUCAGCUUUAGGGUAAGAUAGGUUAAGUUGAUUGAUUUAUUUCUAUUAUUCAAUUUUUUUAAGUUUUGCUGAUUGUUAAUCUGUUACUGGCACCUGCAAAAGCAUUACUAAUUAAAUAAAGCAUAUAUAAUUCUA